UAACGUCGUCAGAAAGCAGCCUUGUUUUGUGGGGACCGUGAACAUCCGAAGAGUGCUUUGCAGUUGCAAGAUGCAGGCUCUCAUAAAUGAGAGUUAUUGAUCUUCUUUCAUAUGCCAACAAGAGAGAGGUAACAAGCUUCCUGCAACAAGCACUUGGGGAUCCUACGCUGAAUGAAGUGUUCUUGCUUUCAGCAUUCAAACUGCAGCCAAAGAGCACAGCCACUGUAUUUGGCCUAUAUUCACCAGCUGAUGACAAGCAGUAUUUUGAGUUUACAGUAAUGGGACGGAUGAAUAAAGUGGUGCUUCGCUAUCUGAAGAAUGAUGGGAGGUUGAAUUCAGUGAUUUUUAGCAACGUACACCUGGCUGAUGGGAAACCCCAUGCUGUCAUCUUAUGGCUGAGUGGCCUGCAGCAGGAAUUCUGUACAAUAGAGUUGUAUCUGGACUGUCUGCAAGUAGGUGCCAUUCAGGACCUGCCAAAAGCAUUUUCAGCUCAAUUGGAGAGAUCAGCAGCAGUAGAGUUACGCACCUUCCUGAAGAAACCAGAGGAUAUACUGGAUGAGCUGAAGCUGGUAACUGGAGGAACACUUGCCCAGGCAAGAAACCUGCAAGACUGUUUUCUUCAACAGAUUGAAUCUGCUCCUCAGUACACUGGUAAGGCCAGCAACCAGUUCAUUCAGAUACUGGUGCAGAAAAGCUGUGGUGGUGAAUACUCUUCUUUCUGCAUUAAAGGUUUGGGAAUGGUGAAUUUUCCAACUCCGCUUCCUAGGCGUAGCAAACCCAAGUGCGAAACAAGUUCCUGUUUCAGGGGAGUCAGGUGCAUGGAGACAGCUGAAGGAAUUCAGUGCGGCCCAUGCCCUGACGGAUUCACAGGGAAUGGAGUGACAUGCUCUGAUAUUGAUGAGUGUCAUUACAGCCCCUGCUUCCCUGGAGUGCGUUGUGUAAAUACUGCUCCAGGUUUCCGUUGUGAGACCUGUCCCCCAGGAUAUACAGGACAAACUUUGCAAGGAGUAGGACUGAGCUAUGCCAAGAACAACAAGCAGGUCUGCUUAGACAUUGAUGAAUGUCAGAAUGGCGGGCAUGGAGUCUGUGUUCCAAAUUCUCAUUGUAUCAACACUUUGGGCUCUUAUCGCUGUGGCCAGUGCAAAUCAGGAUAUAAAGGCGACCAAAUCAGAGGGUGCCAGGCUGAGAGAAGCUGCAGAAGUCGAGCCCUCAAUCCAUGCAGUGUCCAUGCCCGGUGUAUUGAGGAAAGGCGAGGAGAGGUGACAUGUAUUUGUGGCAUUGGCUGGGCUGGUGAUGGUUAUAUUUGUGGAAAAGAUGUUGACAUUGAUGGCUACCCUAAUGAAGAACUCUCUUGCCCUGCUGAAAGCUGCAGAAAGGACAAUUGUAAGUUUGUACCAAACUCCGGACAAGAAGAUGCUGAUGAUGAUGGGAUUGGAGAUGCCUGUGAUGAAGAUGCAGAUGGAGAUGGCAUUCCCAAUGAGCAGGAUAACUGUGUCUUGACUCCCAAUGUUAACCAGAGAAAUAGUGACGAAGAUAUCUUUGGAGAUGCCUGUGACAACUGCCGCAGUGUCCUGAAUAAUGACCAGAGGGACACGGAUGGUGAUGGGAAAGGAGAUGCUUGUGAUGAUGACAUGGAUGGAGAUGGUAUUAAGAACCUUUUAGAUAAUUGUCAGAGGAUCCCCAACCAAGACCAGGAGGACAAGGAUAACGAUGGUGUUGGUGAUGCCUGUGACAGCUGUCCUACAGUCAGCAAUCCAAAUCAGUCAGAUGUUGACAAUGACUUGGUUGGAGAUUCUUGUGAUACCAAUCAGGACAGCGAUGGCGAUGGGCACCAGGAUAGCACAGACAACUGCCCCACCAUUAUCAACAGCUCCCAGCUGGACACAGAUAAGGAUGGGCUGGGUGACGAGUGUGAUGAGGAUGAUGAUAAUGACGGCAUUCCGGAUCUCUUACCACCAGGCCCUGACAACUGCAGGCUAGUCCCCAACCCAGGGCAGGAAGAUGAUAAUGGUGAUGGAGUUGGGGAUGUGUGCGAGUCUGAUUUUGACCAGGAUACAGUAAUUGAUCGGAUUGAUGUCUGCCCUGAGAACGCAGAGAUCACCCUUACGGACUUCAGGGCCUAUCAGACUGUGGUGCUGGACCCAGAGGGGGAUGCUCAGAUUGACCCCAACUGGGUAGUUCUAAACCAGGGCAUGGAAAUUGUGCAGACUAUGAACAGUGAUCCUGGCCUUGCUGUUGGUUACACUGCUUUUAAUGGUGUUGACUUCGAGGGCACUUUUCACGUAAACACAGUGACAGAUGACGACUAUGCUGGUUUUAUUUUUGGCUAUCAAGACAGCUCUAGCUUUUAUGUGGUAAUGUGGAAACAGACUGAACAGACAUACUGGCAAGCAACUCCCUUCAGAGCUGUUGCAGAGCCUGGCAUUCAGCUGAAGGCUGUGAAAUCAAAGACAGGCCCAGGUGAGCACCUGCGCAACUCUCUCUGGCACACUGGGGACACCAGCGACCAGGUCAGGCUGCUGUGGAAGGACCCUCGAAAUGUGGGGUGGAAAGACAAAGUCUCCUACCGCUGGUUCUUGCAGCACAGACCCCAGAUUGGGUAUAUUAGGGCAAGAUUUUAUGAAGGCUCUGAUCUGGUGGCGGACUCUGGUGUAACUAUAGACACCACAAUGCGUGGAGGACGGCUUGGAGUUUUCUGCUUUUCUCAGGAAAACAUUAUCUGGUCCAACCUGAAAUAUCGCUGUAAUGACACCAUCCCAGAGGACUUUCAAGAAUUUCAAGCUCAGCAGUUUGGCGUUGGGGAUAUUUAAGGUGUAAAAGCAAACUAGUAUUGCUUUAUUGUUUGCAAUAACAAUGUAUUUUAAAUCCUUAUAUGAUUGUUGUAAGAGUUCACACUUCAGCUUGUUCUUAUUGAUGUGAUUAUGUCAGACUUUUUUGUAUAAAAGUGAAAAUAAAAAGGAGACAAAAACA